AUGGCAAGGAAAAUCGACCCUUUCGAACAACUUACCACCCAAGUAGGACAUCCGCGGAUGAGAAGAUGUGGUCCAACACCAGCUUUGACAACCUUCGCCGUUUACGCUCCAACAUCAAGCUACAAAAAAGAAGUCGAAGCUUUCUAUAUGGACCUAGAGAAAUUCUGCAGAGAAGAUAACACUUCUAACAGGCCAUCGUUGAUCAUUUCAAAGUCAAAAUUGGCCCUAGAAGAACGUCAUAAGAACUUCAGAUGGAAACCAAUUGCCUUUGAUGGAGAGAGGCUUUCUGUGUUCAUCAUGAACACGGCUAUCCACCCAAAGGAACUUACAAUUCCAGAAGCUUCGUUUCUACGCUAG